CGAAUGUCUAGUACUGCGCUGUUCUGCUGACUUUACGAUCCGCAAACCGAAAAUGAUUUUUGCUCCUGCUCGAGUUCCCAGAAUGUUCUGGAACCUUGUUGUGGUGCAAUAUGAGAAAUAUCAUCUUCACCAUAUUCUCCUCUUCAGUCUUCUCCUCCUGUACAGUCUUGCUGGAGCUCUGGUCUUUUGUGGUCUUGAAAGUGAAAGCGAAGACAUACAAAAUGAGGAGGAGCUCACGCGAUUAAUUCGACAGAGCGUUGCUGCCAAAAAGGAGUUAGUCGAAAGAAUUCAGACGAUAUACUUUGGGAACUCGAACGUAAUUUUCAACGAAACUGAGCUACGGAAAGCAAUUGAUAGGUAUGAUGUGAGCAUGGAAAUGAAACCGAUACUGCAAAGAGAGAAGCGGUGGACAUUAUGGGGUGGACUCUACUAUGCUGGGACCAUCUACACAACCAUUGGCUAUGGUGACUUGGCAGCUCAGACCUUUUGGGGACGGCUGUUUACAAUGGUCUACGCAAUUAUGGGAAUUCCAAUGGUGAUCACUAUUCUCAACGAUUGGGGUACGAUAAUGUUUCGUGCGGUAGAUGUGGUGUGGAGGAAUUAUGUUUCGAUAAUUUCCCAUCCGUUCACACUUUGCUGGAGAUCAAAACAUCAUGAUUCACAAGAGAACAUCGUCAAAGCCAGCGCUUACACAUCCGAUUCCGGAGAUCCCGAUGCCGAGGAACCAAUACCUUUAUUUCUUGUAGUCAUUGUGUUGGCAUUUUGGAUGAUGCUGUGUUGCAUGGUCUUUUCCUACUUCGAACAAUGGCCUUUCUUUCAAACGCUGUACUUCUUCUUCAUUUCGCUUACCACUAUCGGUUUCGGUGAUGUUACUGCUAAACACGACGUGGCUGUGGCCAGCUUUCUACUCAUCCUCAUUGGUCUGUCAGUGGUUUCAAUGUCAAUCAACGUGAUACAAAUGCAACUUGAGAUCUUGUUUGCGAAAAUGGUCAAGUCCAUAGAUAACGAUUUCAAAAUGAAAAUAAGCUCCGGAGAUGAAAGCAGAAAGUCGCUGAAUAAUAUUGGUGAUGUGGAGCGCGGGACAACGAAGCCGUUUCCGAAAAAAGAUGAUGACGCUGUAAAGCAAUAUGGCGAAAAAUUGAGUGGGUCAGAACGGUUACUGAUGCGAUUCAUGAGCCAUCAUCAGAAAAAGAUGCUGAACGAGAAGAUCGAAGAAAGGGCUAAAAUGAGGAAUAAAUGGACUCAAACAACACCACAAUAUAAAGUGGCUUCCGUGCAAACGACAAGGUACGAUGAACCACAGGCCGCUGCUUCAGAAGAAGAACACGAAUCAUCACUACCAAAAUCUCAGAUAGCCACGAGAAGGCUGUAUAUAUACAAUACUGGAGAGUAG